AUGCCUGCUGUAACAUGGAGGGAGUCCUUCCCACCUAAGCCAAGUUUUACUGAAAAAGAUAUUCCGGAUCAAUUUGGCCGCGUCUUCAUUAUUACAGGUGGCUCGUCCGGGUGUGGCUUUGAGACUGCAAAGGCCGUGUACAAUCUCAACGGCCGUGUCUAUAUUGCCGGUCGCUCAGCUGAAAAGGCAGAAGAAGCCAUCCGCCGGAUCAAAUCCGAGCCCGCCGCUCCUCAUCCAACCGUCAAACGAGGUCGAGGAGAGAUUUUCUUCCUCCGGCUGGACCUCAACGACCUUAGUACCAUCAAAGCAUCUGCCGUCGAAUUUCUAUCCAAGGAGUCGAGGCUGGACGUUGUGUGGCACAAUGCCGGACUCGGCGGGGCGCCGUUCGGAAGCAAGACUGUCCAGGGCUUCGAGACGCAUCUCGGUGUCAACGCGCUUGGUCCGUUUCUGUUUCAGCAUUUCCUAACACCUAUCUGUCUUGAGACAGCCGCCCGGCCUGACGCCAAGCCCGGCCACUCGAGAGUUGUCUAUGUUUCGUCUUCGGGACAUCGAGCGGCACCCAAGCCCGACGGUGUUAACUGGGAUGACCUAAACAUGCACGAGCUAGGCGGCUUCAAGGGGGCUAUGACCAAAUACCCGCAGAGCAAGGCCAUGCUGGUCAUGUUUGCACAUGAGUUCGCCCGGCGUUUCGCAGCGCAUGGCCUCUUAUCACUUUCCCUCCACCCAGGGUCUGUUAAAUCCGAAUUCCAGCGCAACCAGCCCGGACUCGUCAAGUGGCUGACAUCCCCGCUUCUUUACGAACAACAUUACGGCGGCCUCACCCUGUUGUUUGCAGGCUUUGCUAAUGUCGACGACACAACGAUGCUCGAUCAGGGCGGGAAGAACGGAUCCUAUAUUGAGCCAUGGGGGCGUUGGGGAACUGGGGCCGAUUAUAUCAUCGACGGACUUGAGAAUCGUGGUACUGGAGAACGUUUGUGGAAAGUGUGUGAGAAGCUCUUGAAGGAUUGGAUGUGA